UCUCGAGCGCGCCGCUCUCAGUCUGAGUCUCUCUUCUCACCCUCUUGCCUCUCUGUUUCUUUGUUGCUAACUCUUUUUUCUGUGUCAACUGAAACCAUUUGUUUCUCAUAGUCAUAGCACAGACCCCAUACCAAAACACCAACCUUGUGAGUAUUGUAUUUACAGAUGCCUUCUUCAAAGGGAAAGAAGCAUUCAAAGACACAAUCAAGGUUGUCGAAUUCUGACAACUUUUCUUCACCUGUGUCACUUGAUUUUGAAGCUACUGAAGAGAUUCUUGCAAGCUCUCUUGAACUAGCUUCGGUUAAAUACCCAUCUCUGAUUGGGAACUCUGCUUUCAUUGGCCGAGUCACUGAUGUUCAGGAUGACCCCAAAAGCUGUAAAAUUUGGCUUUCAGAGCCUUCCAUGGUUGCCUCUUCCUUCACUCCUGGAUCCAUUGUGUCGGUGUCUCUUCCUCGUUUGAAGAGUAGAUUUUCAGAUGGAUUUCCUCUCAGCUCAUUAGCAGAUGAAUGUGCUAGACGUUUUGGGGUUGAUUCUUGUGGGCAGUUAACUAAUGACGCAGGGAACUACUUUGCUCUUGCAACUAUUUUUCCGUCUUCUAAGGUUAUAAAGAAUGGAGUGCGAUUGUCUUCACAUCUUUCCAAUACAAUGGGUUGUCCUCCAUCAGGCAGGGUCAUAUUCAUCCACUCUGUACAAAAUCAAUCCCAAGCUGGUCUUGUAUGUGAUACAAGAAAAGCACGUAGCACUAAAGUUAAUUGCCUCUCAGUAUACGACUGCAAGGAGUUAGUUUUGGAGCUUCUUCAUUCUAACAAUAGAUUAAUUAUGAACAAUACCUCUACCAAUUUUUCUUAUCAAAAAUCUUACUGUCAUUCUGAAAAUGGAAUGCUUGCAUCCCCUAAGACACCAUUGAAUCAAUCAAAGCUUAGUGUUUCUGAUACCAGUCCAGUAACUUCACCACGGCGUGGGGAGUCAGUAGGAAAUGUAACCAUUCCCAAUGAGUCAUCUGUUGAUUCUUUUGAUAUUGAAGAGGUUUUAGGGGAUGACAGUACAAAAAGACUUCUGCAGACAUGUGCUACAACAUGGUUGUAUUCUCGCUGUCUACUUAUUGGAAAUUUUGUGACCAUCCCAAUGCUUUCACAGCUUUGUUUACUCCGAGUGAUUGGUGCUAAAACUUUGUCAAAGAAUAAUGCUAAUCAUGAUUUGCUAAAUGAGGCUUCUGAACUAGUGGGUGGUGAAAAUGAUGCUUUUCUAGUGAAGCGAGAAUCGAAAGUAUGUUUUCAUUUGUCAUCAAACCCAGCAUCUGAAACUCUGCAGAGAAGCAAUCUGUCUAGUGUGGAAUGUAAUGAUUCUAUAGCUGAUACAGGAGAUAAUAUUUCAAGAUUGGCCGGUCUUUCUAAAGAAUAUGAAAUUUUGAAGGACAUCAUAAUUUCAUCCUCUAUGGACAUUUUACCAAGUUUUGGUUUAAAACCUACAAAGGGAGUGCUUCUUCAUGGUCCUCCUGGUACGGGAAAGACUUCGUUGGCUCGAUUAUGUACCCGUGAUUCUGGCGUCAAUUUUUUCUCUGUCAAUGGACCUGAAGUUGUGAGCCAAUACCAUGGAGAAAGUGAGCAAGCUUUGCAUGAAGUUUUUGAUUCAGCUAGCCAAGCUGCGCCUUCUGUGUUAUUCAUUGAUGAGCUUGAUGCUAUUGCACCUGCAAGGAAAGAUGGAGGUGAAGCGCUAUCUGAAAGAAUAGUUAGUACACUGUCGAAGUUGAUAGAUGGGGACGGGGUUAAUAGAAAUGGAGUACUUGUAAUAUGUGCUACCAACAGGCUUGAUAGCAUUGAUCCUGCACUCAGACGAACUGGAAGACUUGACAAGGAAAUUGAAAUAGGUGUGCCAUCUCCCAACCAACGUUUGGAGAUACUUAAUGUUCUUGUCAGUGCCAUGGAGCACUCUCUUUCAGAUGAACAAGUCCAACAUCUUGCCAUUGCUACACAUGGUUUCGUAGGAGCUGAUCUAGCUGCCCUUUGUAACGAGGCAGGCUUCAAUUGUCUUAAGCGUUAUGUCAAAUAUAAAUACUCUCAUGAUUAUUUGCACCAAACAUCUAUUUCUCAUGAAGGUAUUUCUAAUGGUCUAAUACUAUCUGUUUGCUCAAAAUACAACACACGUAUCAAGGGGGAUUUCUCAGAUUCCACAUCUUCAUCUAUCUCACAUUUGGAUUUGGAUUUUUCUUCAGAGAUAUCUGUGCAUGUGAAGGGAACAAAUGCAAAUGGUGAUAAUUUCCUGAAUGGCAUAGAAGAAGAAUGUGUCUUACAAGUGGCUUUUGAAGAUUUUGAAAAGGCCAGGAUGAGAGUGGGGCCCAGUGCCAUGCGAGAGGUAAAACUUGAGAUUCCGAAGGUUAAUUGGGAAGAUGUUGGUGGUCAAAGGGAGGUCAAAAAUCAGUUAAUGGAAGCUGUAAUAUGGCCUCAAAAACACCAGGAUGCAUUCAAACAGAUAGGGAUUCGACCCCCAACAGGGGUUCUGAUGUUUGGUCCUCCUGGAUGCAGCAAAACUCUCAUGGCUCGUGCUGUAGCUUCUGAAGCACGGCUGAAUUUCCUUGCUGUGAAGGGUCCAGAACUUUUUAGCAAAUGGGUUGGUGAAUCUGAGAAGGCUGUGAAAUCCCUGUUUGCAAAGGCAAGGGCUAAUGCCCCAGCAAUCAUAUUCUUUGAUGAAAUUGACAGUCUUGCUGCUAUUCGUGGGAAGGAAAGUGAUGGAGUUUCAGUUUCAGAUAGGGUUAUGAGUGAGCUGCUUGUUGAAUUGGAUGGUUUGCAUGCAAGAGUUGAUGUCACUGUGAUUGCUGCUACAAAUAGGCCAGACAAGAUCGAUGGUGCCCUUCUAAGACCAGGACGCUUUGACCGGCUGCUAUAUGUGGGACCUCCAAAUGAGCCCGAUCGGGAAGAGAUAUUUCGUAUUCAUCUACGCAAGAUUCCGUGCUGUUCUGAUGUCAACAUAUAUGAACUUGCUCAUCUUUCAGAAGGCUGCACUGGCGCUGAUAUAUCGUUAAUUUGCAAAGAAGCAGCUGUUGCAGCUUUGGAGGAGAGCCUUGAUGCCUCAGAAGUAAAGAUGCAACAUUUAAAGACUGCAAUUGAACAAGUGAAGCCGACAGAAACUCAGCUUUAUCAAGAGCUAUCAGAAAAAUUUCAGAGACUUGUUAAGUCUAGCACAAACGAGAACUAAGCUAUCUGGAGUUCUCGAGUGGAUUUCCAUAAUGGGUAUAAAAGCUAUGAGAGUUGUUUAUGCCUUUUGUCUCUCAGGGGAGGGUGAAGCCUUGGAGAUUCCUCUUCCUCCUCAGGUUCAGUACCAGAACCACAUUGGAAAAAUACAUUUAGCCCUAGGCUAGAUACAUGCAAAUAAUUAUAUGAUUUUGUGGAAGCUUGAAGU